CCAUAAUUCGUCGCUUAGUGAUGACGCACUAAAUGAGAAUUUUCAGGAAGGUUGCAAAACAAUUGCGUCAGUAACUUGCGCACUUCGCUUCGGUAAGGUGAACGACAAACUCCGCUCUCUCUAGGUUGAUCCCAGAAGAAAUGAGCAUGCUGGUGGCGAGGCUCUCCUGCCUGAGGAGCGUCCCGGUCGCUGGGCUGCGGCCCGUGUUGGCACAGGGCGCCCCGGCCCUCAGGACGUCCGCCCUGAAGGCCUGUCCGCCGCUGCUCAGGCCUUACCAGGGUUAUUCCACAAAGGCCAGAUUUGGCUUCCGCCGUGGCAGGACAGCCAAGGAUCAGCUCAAAGAAGCAGCUUUUGAGCCAGCAACAGAUACUGCCAUUAAAAUUGACAGCAUGGGCAGAAUGAUCCUGGCAGGCGGUGCAGCAGUUGGUCUUGGUGCCCUGUGCUACUAUGGACUGGGCAUGUCCAAUGAAAUAGGUGCCAUUGAGAAAGCAGUGAUCUGGCCGCAGUACGUGAAGGACAGGAUCCACUCCACCUACAUGUACUUUGCAGGCAGUGUGGGACUGACAGCCUUGUCUGCUGUAGCAGUGAGCAGGAGCCCAGCCCUCAUGGGUUUGAUGAUGAGAGGAUCCUGGCUGGCAAUCGGAGCAACUUUUGCUGCCAUGAUUGGUGCUGGCAUGCUGGUCAGGUCCAUUUCAUAUGAGCACAGCCCAGUGCCUAAACACCUCUCUUGGAUGCUCCAUGCAGGUGUGAUGGGUGCUGUCAUAGCCCCCCUGACUCUCCUGGGAGGACCCCUGAUGAUGAGGGCAGCCUGGUACACCGCAGGCAUUGUGGGAGGUCUGUCCACAGUGGCCAUGUGUGCUCCCAGUGAGAAGUUCCUCAACAUGGGCGGGCCCUUGGCUGUCGGCUUUGGAGUCGUCUUCGCCUCCUCACUUGGAUCCAUGUUCCUGCCCCCCACCUCGGCGUUUGGAGCAGGCCUGUACUCUGUGGCAGUCUAUGGAGGUCUGGUCCUGUUCAGCAUGUUCCUCCUGUAUGACACACAGAAGGUCAUCAAGAGGGCAGAGACCUACCCUCUGUAUGGCGUGCAGAAAUAUGACCCCAUCAAUGCGUGCAUGGGGAUCUACAUGGAUACACUGAACAUCUUCAUGAGGCUUGUGAUGAUUCUGGCGAACGGUGGCAGCGGCAGAAGGAAAUAAACGGCAACCGUCUGACUGCAGCUUAGUUUUUAACCUGCAACAGAGAUGAACCCAGUCAUGUUCAUGUGAAUAGCAGCAUAAAGCAGGUGUUAUCUUUUAGUUUAAACUUUUAUCCAACUGGCAAGUAAACAUGUAUGCUUUGCUGUUGUGCAAAGAAGGAGAUUGCACUUUCUAGUGCAUAUUGCUAAUUAAGCAAUUAAAAAAGACAUUGUUGUACAUCGAUGAUGGUCUGAUUCUGGAGGUGAUGUGUCAGGUUUAUCCCAGGAAUGCACAGGGGUAAAAUCUGUCUGUCAACAUCACUUGGCCUGCCUCAGAUAUGUUUUGUAUUCUUUCUAUUUAUUUUCACUUGUGUGUGUUUCCAUUUCUGAUUUCUGGGAAAAAAUGGGGGGAAUGCUUGGUACAUGAGACACAGAACAGUCAAAAGUCAGUCCUAGACUGCCCCUGAAUCACAAUACACAUUGAACAAUAAAUGAUUGCCAUUCCUGCUUCUUCAAUAUACACUGACAUUGCACUUCCGUGGUGGGAUCAAUAUGGUUGGCACUAGGAUAUGUUUCUGUGAAAAACUAAAAUAAUUUCACUAAUGGAAUUACUGAAAUAAAGCAAGUUAAUUAAA